ACUAAAGUUUAUUAGCAUCAGAUAACGCAUCUCCUAAGCUGAUAUAAAAAGUCUUAAAGUGAUUAAUCAAUUUAAUAUCCCUUUAAAUUUUUCAUUGUUCCCAUAUGUUUACGUCAGCAACUGUCAAAGACCAGUCACUUUAAAAAAACUUUGUUUAUCGAAAAUUUAAAUUGUGUUGCGAUAAAAAUAUGUUACAGUUUCUAGGAGGGCAAACGUGAAGAGAGAAAAUGUACCCUACAGACAUACCACUUUUAUUUGCACCCGAGAAUGAUACGUGUUUGAUAGCACAUAAAAAUAAUACUGUGAUUACCAAUGUUUAUAAUGGAAUACCGGAGACGUUAAUACUAAACGUCGUGACAUGGAUAUUGUUAAUACUUUUAUUUGCAAUUUUGCGUAACAGGGCAUGGGACUAUGGACGACUGGCUUUGGUACAUACAGAGAAAUGGACACAGUUAUUUUACAAAAAUACAGACGAUGCCAUUGCAGUAGAGGAAUCUAGCGCAGAUAUCUCCUUAAUGCCGGAUACCGGGUGCCUGUGGUUUCCUACAAUAUUCAAAAUUGGAAAAGACAAAAUAUAUUCACGGUGCGGACCUGAUGCCGCACAUUAUCUAUCCUUCCAAAAGCAGCUCCUUUUGUUAUUCACCAUAAUAACUCUGUUUUCAAUUUGUGUUAUUUUGCCAGUUAAUUUUCAAGGAACAUUAGAAGGUAAUAAAACUACCUUUGGACAUACAACUCUAAGCAAUUUGGGGCCUUCAUCCAAUUUAUUAUGGAUACAUGUGAUUGCGAGCUUAUUUUAUGUCCCGCUUACUGUGUUAAUAAUGAGAAAAAGUUCUGGAAGAGCACCUAGCGGUACAGCGUUAUCCUCAAAGACUAUUAUGAUUACACAUAUCUCAAGACCACAUCGGAAUGUUGAGGAUAUUAAAAACUACUUCACUGUGCGUUAUCCGGGCAUUGAUGUCGUCGAUGUAAAUAUUGCUUACAAAGUUAAAAAACUUACACUACUGGAACGUGAAAGAGAGAAGGUACACGAAGCUAAGCAUUAUUGUACUUCUAACCCUCAGAAAGUGAACAUCAAAGUUCAACCAUAUGGAUGUAUAGUGUGUUGCCCCUGGAAGACCGUAAAUGCUUUGGAGUAUUAUACAAGAGAAGAACAGAGGCUGAAUGAUUUGGUAUGCUCAGAAAGAAGAAAUGCACUUUCUCGUCCACUGGGAAUCGCAUUUGUCACAUUAAGUUCUGAAGAAAUGGCGCAGCAUGUGAUUAGAUCAUUCCAACCGGGUUCAUUACGUCACUGGCUCAUCGCGAAGGCCCCAUCUCCGUCAGAUAUCAACUGGGACAACUUAGAAAUAUCAUACAGGCAUUGGUAUUCGAAAGCCAUUAUCAUUAACUUAUUAUUAUUUUUAAUAUUAUUUUUCCUAACAACCCCGGUUAACGUCGUAAAUAUUCUAAAUAGUAUUAAUAUAGUUGACGAAGAAGCUAUUAAGAAAGUAAGUCCUUUAUUGUCUGAAUUUCUUCCAACUCUAAUUCUUCUGUCUGUGUCAGCCGUUAUGCCUGUUAUUGUGGCUUAUACGGAAGAAUGGAUGUCCCAUUGGACAAAGUCCAAACAAAAUCAUUCCACAAUGCACAAAACAUUUUUCUUUUUGCUUUUUAUGGUUCUAAUUUUGCCGUCUUUGGGUCUUAGUAGCGCGCAAGCGUUGAUAAGUAUGAAGGCACCAGAUCAAACUAUUAGGUGGAAAUGUAUUUUUCUCGUGGAUAAAGGUGCUUUUUUUGUUAAUUAUGUUAUAACUUCAGCUUUGAUUGGAACAGCUUUAGAGCUUCUACGAUUUCCAGAACUGGCUAUGUAUGCAUGGAGACUGUUGGGUAUUAAAUCCGAAGCGGAGCAAACUUCCAUUCGUAAAGAAAUUCUUUCAGAAUUUCCAUUUGGCAUUCACUAUGCCUGGACUUUGUUAAUUUUCACAAUUAGCACAGUCUAUAGUUUGUCAUGUCCUUUAAUUACACCGUUCGGCUUGUUAUACCUUUGUUUAAAACAUUUGGUUGACAAAUACAACAUUUAUUAUGUAUAUCGUCCCAUUACGAUGUCAGGCGAGGGUCAGCAAAUUCACGCGGACGCCGUGCGGAUGGUACGAGUUGCGAUAAUAUUGUGUCAAUUAAUUUUAAGCGCGUUUUUCUUUGUAAGGGAAAGUGGCGGCUUGAACCUAAUGAUUUUUGUUACGUUUUUAGGAUCAUGCAUAACAUUUUCAUUCUUUUUCUUCCUACCUCCGUUCCCUACUUGCAAACCUUCUUCCUUAAACAGCCCCAAUUUACCAGACUUAAGAGAACAAUAUGUUGCUCCUGUAUUAUUGAGUUCCAGUAGCGUAGAAAAUCAGACAGAAGUAUCGUCUCCUACUCUAUAUGGGUCCUCUUCUUCGAUGAUUGUCAUCCCCGAAACAGGUUCCAGUAACGCAUAAAUCUUAUUAGGUGUGUGUAUUUCAUUUGAUGGCUGUGAAGAGUGAAUUUUCGUGGUGUGUGAUUUCUAAUAACUGCGGAUUAAUCUAGCCAGUUUUGUGUUUUGUUUUCAUGUAAUAUUUCGCCAAUAUUAUUUAUUUUCAGAAUUCACAUUUCUGAGCGUCAGCUAUUUUAUAACCUUUUCUAGUCUAAAUUAGCAUUUAAUGAUUAAUGAGUCUAACUUGUUCCUUGUAUAAACCGACAAUUUUCAGAAUUUUUAGUUUUUGUUUGAAAUAGUUUUCAGAAAUUCAGUUGUACUUUCAACAUAUUAAUAACUUGCGUGAUACAAGUUUUCUGUUACUCUAGCAUUACUUGAUUGAGCAGCGAAGUUAUAAUAUUGUAGUAAACGAAUUAUAUUUUCUAGUAUGUAUUUUUUCAUGGUAUUGUUUGAUAGUUUUUAAAAUAUAAUUUAAACAAUUAAUAUAUUUAU